AUGAACAGUCUUUUACCUAAGAGAAGUGAAGCGUUCGCGAAAAAAGAGUAUUGGGAUCGUUUCUUCGCCUCACGAAAGUCUUUCGAGUGGUACGGAGACUUUCUUCAGCAUAGUGCCUUCUUUGCAAAAUACGUCAAAAGCUCAGACAAUGUUUUGAUCAUCGGUUGCGGUAACUCUGAACUGGGAUUUAUGCUGAAUGACCGAAUCAAGUGUGCUUCAGUUUUCAACAUUGAUACCAGCGAGACUGUUGUGAUGGAAAUGAACAAGAAACAUGGAAACUCAGUUCGAAACGGUGGUCUUCGCUACGAAUGUCUGGAUGUAUUACAUUUGUCUACUUACAUGCAGUCUACCAACAUGAACCCCUUUACCUGUAUCGUAGACAAAGGGACUCUGGAUGCCAUUCAUUCAGGGGAAGAUUCAGAGUUGACGGUACUCACAAUGUUUGAAAAUCUGCAAUCGUCAUUAAAACUGAUGGGGAGGUACAUACUAUUAACAUUAGCUCAGGAACAUAUCGUCGAAAGCAUUUGCAAUUUUUUUCUGCUGAGGUCCAAUGAAUGGCUCAUCAACUGUCAUCAAUUGACAUGCAAUCGAUGCGAGGCCCUUUCUCCAUCCCCUGAUCUACCCCGCAUUUUCGUCUACCCUUUUGGAUCAAGCGAGCCGUUAACACUUGCCACACAAUCCGAUUGUUCGACUCUGAAGCGCCAGCUGACAUCCUGGAUCGUUCAGGAACAGAACCGUUGCCUUCUGUGGCGCGAUCUAAGUUGCGGGUCCAAAACCACAUUCCGAUUUCUUUGUCCAAAAACCGGCUUGACUGUAUUUCAUUGCGAAAUCGUGGAUUCCAAACUCAAGAAAACAAAGCAAUCAAAACGCCAGGUGGCAAAUCCUAAGCCUGUCAUCGAGGCGGUCUUUCUGGUUCCAUUCGGACAUAACAGGAGUUCUCUGUUUUGUUGCGAAUCAAAACGGGCUUCGUUGUGCUCUCGGUUGAAUCUCCGGUGCAUAUUAUUAGCCUACUUUAACCCGCGUUUCUACUGUCCGGACUUGGAUUCGAUGAAGGAACAACUUUGCGAGGUUUUCACUUGUAUGGGCUUUUCAGGCAGCAUAGAGAAGUCCCCCAUUCUAUGUACUCCUGAUGGCUUCGUACGACGUGAAGUGUUCUCUCCUGUUCCACUCGGUGUGCGAACUGGGUUACUUGUGGAUGAAAUAGAAGUCCAUUCGAUGGAGGACAACAGAGGAGUGUGUCUGAUGAAGCGACUGGUGGACACCGCGUCGGACUUCAGACCAGUAGUCACCACAGCUAUCUCAGAGACGGGGUUUCUCCAUUCCUUAUCUUCGCGUGAUCUCCAUUUAAGUCUGUGGACUAAGUUGAUUCAAACCGAGUGCACCCAUGAAAGCAAGCUGCUGCAUUGUGGGUUUCCUCUGCUGACACCUGACGAUUCUUCCGUACAUUUCGUCAUACCUGCGUUGGACCUUGGCGACGUCCGAUAUUCUGAAGUAUACUUGGAUAAAUGCUAUGCAUUUGAGGACCAACCAUCCUCCGGUUUUCAUGUAUCUUGGCUGCCUUCUCUUUCCGAACUUUCAGACGACACGUUUGAUGCCAUUUUCUACGACCCUGUUCCUUUUCUACUUUCUGAUUAUCUGCGAUCUUUUUCUACAGAACAAUUACAGACUUUGUCGAACGUCUGUAAUACACAUUUACUUCACCACGGUUUUCUGAUUGUGGUAAUCGACGACAUUGCGGCCAGCGUCCACACCGAUUUGAUAGUAUCCGGAAUUAGCGAGUUACAGUGUGUAGCAAGCUAUACCAUUCCUGAUGAAAUGAUGUCAGAUCCGCCGACACUAAUUCACGUCUUUCAAAGGAGCUCUCUCCCGGCCAAUCAACUCCGCCAGAAGCUUACUGAGCGUGUACGUCAAUUCCAACAUACAGAACGCCCGCCCCCAACUGAAGAAUCAUUGAUCAAUAUCUGUAAAGAGCUCAUUACAAUCUUGAGUCAAUGCUUAGCUGCUUAUUCAAAAAUACGCUUAUUUGCGUGA